UCAUAAUGUCAGAUCCGGCUCUUCUCAUCCUAUAUGGAAGCCAGACCGGUACGGCCCAGGACACUGCCCAGAGGAUUGGCCGGCAGGCGCAGAGAAGACACCUGAAUGUUCGGGUUCUGCCUCUGGACCGCUACGAUAUGGCCCGGCUGAUCUCAGAGUCUCUGGUUGUCUUUGUGUGCGCCACCACUGGACAAGGAGACCCUCCUGACAAUAUGAAGAAUUUCUGGAGAUUUCUCUUUAAGAAGUCUUUACCCAUGGGCAGUUUGAGCCAACUUGAUUGUGCAGUUCUGGGCCUGGGGGACUCUUCCUACCCAAAGUUCAAUUUCGUGGCAAAGAAGCUUCAUAAGCGUCUCCUUCAACUGGGUGCCAGCAUGCUAACACCUGUAGGGCUGGCAGAUGAUCAGCAUGACCUAGGGCAGGAUGCUGUGAUUGAUCCAUGGCUCACCUCAUUCUGGGAAAAGGUGUUGUCUCUGUUCCCGUCUUUGUCCAGUGUGGUCCCGCUUCGGGAAGAUGAACCACUUCCUCCAACAUACAGUUUCCAUUUCCUGGAUGGUAAAAGAGAAAAAACAGAUGAUCGCCUCAGCAUCAACAUGGAUCAAAGCGUCCCCUGCGAGCUCCGUCCUUUUGUUGCCAGUAUGGUGUCCAACAGGAGAGUUACGGAGCCAUCCCACUUCCAGGAUGUCAGACACAUUGAGUUAGACAUCACUGGGUCCAGUAUCAAGUUUGCUGCUGGAGAUGUGGUGAUGAUUCGUCCUCGUAAUGCUCCAGAGGACGUUCAUGACUUCUGCCAGCUGCUGAGGCUGGAUCCAGAGUCCACCUUCACUCUGAGGCCCAAAAACAACUCUGCAGUUCCAGCUAGACUCCCUCAGCCCUGCACUGUACGCCACCUAGUGGAGAGCUACCUGGACAUCGCUGCAGUGCCUCGCCGCUCCUUCUUUGAGCUGCUCUCCACCUUUUCCAGCAAUGAGCUGGAGCGGGAGAAGUUGGCCGAGUUCAGCUCAGCAACAGGCCAGGACGAGCUGCACAGCUACUGCAACCGACCCAGACGCACUGCGUUAGAGGUUUUAGCAGAUUUCCCUCACACUGCAGCAGAACUCAGAGUGGACUACCUCCUGGAUCUUUUCCCAGAAAUCCAGCCUCGUUCAUUCUCUAUUGCCUCCUCUCUUAAGGCUCACCCAAACAGGAUUCAGAUCCUGGUAGCGGUGGUGAGAUACAAAACCAAGUUGUACAAACCCAGAAGAGGACUCUGCUCCAAUUGGUUAGCUUCUUUGGACCCCUCACAAGAGGAGGUGUAUGUUCCUCUGUGGUUGAAGAAGGGAAGUCUGAGGUUCCCUAUCAAGAAGGAAACCCCGGUGAUCAUGGUUGGACCCGGAACCGGAGUGGCACCCUUCAGGUCAGCUUUACAAGAGAGAAUUGCUGAGGGAAAAACUGCCAACGUCCUGUUCUUUGGCUGCCGUUCUGAGUCCAAAGACUUCUACUUCAGGACAGAGUGGGAGCUCAUGAUGAAGGCUGAACAGCUGCUCCUCUUCAGUGCUUUUUCUCGGGACCAGGAGGAGAAGAUAUACGUUCAGCACCGUGUGAAGGAGAAGGCUGCUCUGAUCUGGGACCUAAUAAUAAAUAGAAUGGCCUGUGUUUACAUCGCUGGAAAUGCCAAAGAGAUGCCGGCCAGUGUGUGUGAUGCUGUAAAAGAAGUAUUCCAGCAGGAAGGAGGCGUUUCUGCUGAGGAAGCUGAGGAGAUGCUGACGGCCAUGGAGAAGACAGGUCGACUGCAGAUGGAGACCUGGUCCUGAUCUGGAGAACUGGAAAUGAUCCCCCAUUGCAUGCUGAACUCAUCUAAGCACCUCAUCUCUUCUCGGCCCUCACGUAGCUUCUUCUCCACGACCACUGGACAAGCAAGAGAAGAUAUGAUCCAGGCCAGGAGGUCUGCCGUAUUUAGGUCAUAUCCCAAUAAAAUUGGAUCCAAAAGAAAUAGCUUAGUAUUGUGAUCGUGAUCUCUUGACUCUCUGAUUCCGACAUGUCACCUUCUCUCACCAGGUCCAAGGGAAGGAGACGUCUCCUCUGGUCACUCUCUCCAUCGUAAACAACUUAGAGGAAGAUAACUACUUGCCAUUGUCAUGGAUCUUCAGAACAUCCUAAGAUUGAAUGUGACGUUCUCCUUGUGAAAGUCCUAUCUGUAAUAAAAUUUAUUAAAUCU